GAUAGACCAGGGGCUUCCAGGCAGCCCCAGGCCUAUCGGACUGGGACCCCUGUCCUCUAGACAUGGCCUCAGGCACCCUGGAGCUCCAGCCCCGGGGCCCUGUGGGGACAUAGGCAGCCUAAACACCACCAGCCCAGGGCCCGUGCCAUGCCCCUGACCCGGCCUCAGCAAGCCCCUGGCACAGAGGCCAUGGAGACGGUGCCCCCCGCUGUGGACCUGGUGCUGGGCGCCUCGGCCUGCUGCCUGGCCUGUGUCUUCACCAAUCCCCUGGAGGUGGUGAAGACGCGGCUGCAGCUGCAGGGGGAGCUGCGGGCCCAGGGCACCUACCCACGGCUCUACCGGGGAUUUGUGGCCUCUGUUGCUGCCGUGGCCAGAGCUGACGGGCUGUGGGGCCUACAGAAGGGGCUGGCCGCCGGCCUGCUGUACCAGGGCCUCAUGAAUGGCGUCCGCUUCUACUGCUACAGCCUGGCGUGCCAGGCCGGCCUCACUCAGCAGCCGGGUGGCACCAUGGUCGCAGGCGCUGUUGCUGGGGCGCUGGGAGCCUUCGUGGGGAGCCCGGCUUACCUGGUGAAAACGCAGCUGCAGGCCCAGACGGUGGCUGCGAUGGCCGUGGGGCACCAGCAUCAUCACCAGAGCGUCUUGGGUGCCUUGGAGACCAUCUGGCAGCAGCAGGGCCCGCUGGGGCUGUGGCGGGGCGUGGGUGGGGCUGUGCCCCGAGUCAUGGUGGGCUCGGCCGCCCAGCUGUCCACCUUCACCUCAGCCAAGGCCUGGGUGCAGGAGCGACAGUGGCUCCCAGAGGACAGCUGGCUGGUGGCACUGGCUGGAGGCAUGAUCAGCAGCGUAGCCGUGGUUGCCGUCAUGACCCCCUUCGACGUGGCCAGCACGCGACUGUACAAUCAGCCGGUCGAUGGAGCUGGCAGGGGCCAGCUGUACGGGGGCCUCGCCGACUGCCUGGUGAAGAUCUGGCGGCAGGAGGGCCCCCUGGCCCUCUACAAGGGUCUGGGCCCGGCCUACCUGCGCCUGGGCCCCCACACCAUACUCAGCAUGCUCUUCUGGGACGAGCUGCGGAAACUGGCCAUGCGGGCCCAGCACCAGGGCACCUAGGCAGCACCCCCACCCCACAUCCUGACACAGCCUGGCACUUGUCUGGCAAGACUGGCCACCCCAGAGUGGGCCGUAGGCCCAGGCCCUGCCACGGGACCCGGGGGAUGGGCACAGCGCUGGCCCCAUGGCCCAUGGCCCAGCCAGGGCCAGAGCAUCCACUCCAAGUUACCACCCACUGCGUUCUCCCGAAAGUUCUCUUCCUUCCCUGUACUGGGCCAUUGCAUCCCAAGCUUUAUUCCUCGGUAUAACAGCCGCCGCGGGCAUGAGCCGAGUGACUUACACGCGUCAGCUUGCUUAGUCCUCAAACAGCAGCACGAGACGGUAAAUCCUCUUUUACCGUAAGGAAGCCGAGGCUGAGAGAGGUGACGUGGCUUUGACGAAAGCCACACAGCUUUGCAGUGGCGGAGCCAGGACUCGAAUUCAGCUCUGCCCUCCCCAGACCUGUGCCCUUGAUGAGGGCACUGCCGCGCCGGGGCCGUGGGAUCGCGGUACCAUGGGGACACCGGGGCGUGGCGCGAGGCCGUGGCGUCGUCAGCUGUGUUGUUUGCUCAGGCCACCAUCACAAAGUGCCACAGACAGGGGGACUUAAACAAUGGAAAUCUGUUCUCACAGUUCUGGAGGCCAGAAACCUGAGAGCAAGAUGUCCGCGGGGCUGGUUCCUCCCGAGGCCGCCUUCUCCCUGUGUCCUCACAUGGCCGUCCCUCUGCGUGUGUCUGUGUCCCCAUCUCCUCUUCUUGUAAGGACACCAGUCAUGUUGGACUAUGAUGGUCACGAGGCCACCGCCUGGCCUCAUUUUACUUCACUAUCUCUGUAAAGACCCCGUCUCCAGCACAUCCUGAGGUACUGGGGGACAGCACUUCGACAUACGAAUUUUGGGGGACAAAAUUCAGCUCCUCUCAGGGCUUCUGCUGAGGGCCGCCCAGGAUCCUGACGGCUCUUCGGGGAGCCCUGGGGCGCCCGUGGUUCCGAGGAGGAGACCGAGGCCUGGGGAAGGGAAGUGACCUGCCCAGUGAGGCAGGGCGGAGCCGGCGGCCGGGGGCAGCGGGCCCUGGGCCCUCUCUCCA